AUGACGGACAGAGAAGCUUUGGUGAGGUCACGAGGUGGUCACAAGGGUGUAAUCACCAAAUGGAUAAAUAAGAUAGACUCUGCUACUGCUGCAGGUAAUGUCAAUACAUUGUCUUCAAUUAAAGAUUUAUUUAUAAAACAAAUGAAGACUGUGCAAGACCUGAAUGAAAAGAUAUUAGCUUUAACCACAGAAGAAGAUCGAAUGAAUGAGGUGGAAGAGCAAGCAGAGUAUGAAGUAGUAAUUUGGGAACAUUGGUAUAAGUUGAUCAAUGCCAUCACAGCGAUAUCAGGAAGCGGUUCUCCUGGAAAUCCUCCGACCACACCUAAGACUAAUGUUAGAUUGCCGAAAUUGGAUCUCCCACAUUAUACUGGAGAUGUGUUGGAGUGGAAUUCCUUCUGGGAAUUGUACAAUGUGUCGGUACACCAGCGAGGGGACUUGGAGCCAAUUCAGAAAUUUUCAUAUCUGCAAAGUUUACUCACAGGAGAUGCUCUAAAAUGGAUUUCAGGAUUUAAGUUGGAAGCUGCAAAUUAUUCACACGCUAUAUCUCUUCUCCAAGUCACUUAUGGGAAAAAGGAUGAGAUCAAACGAGUUCUGGUAAGAAGAUUACUAGAAAUGGAGUCUCCAUCUGCUAAUUCAGAAUCAUUGCAAACAUUCAGAGCAAAUUUUGAAUGCUCGAUAAGAUCAUUGGAGAGUGAAAACCUGGAGUUGAAUGAGCUUUACACUAUUUUGCUUUAA